AUUUGCUUUCAUCAUGUCAAGCGACCAAGAACCAACGUGGAUCGUCGUGGUGUCCAACCUCCGAGCCACUGACCUCCCCGUCGCCGACCCGUCCUUCUUGGGAGGCAGCAGCGAUCCGUACCUGACGUUUGUGUGCAUGGAACAGGUCAAGGCCACGCCCUGCCUCCCUUCGACGCUCAAUCCCGUAUGGCACGAAGAAAAGUUCCAGUUCACGUUGACAGGCACAAGCUUGAACGGCUCGACGUCCCUCUUCGUCAAGGUGUGGGAUAGCGAUGUUAUCUCGAAGGAUGAUUUGAUCGGCACCGUCGAGAUUCCGCUGGGGUCGUUCCCUCGCGGCCGGCAACCGAACGCUAACGAAUGCACGUUUCCUAUCGUCCUCGACGCUGAUUUUAUCAAGCAGCGCGUGUCCCCUCAACUGCAUGUGAAGAUCGAAAUCUUAUCUCAAGCUGAAUCCUUGGAAGAAAUCACCCACGAAGUGUGGGAAAACGAGCGCGCCAGUCGUGGAUUGACUGGAGUGAAGUGGAGCUACACCAACCUCCAAGCGAACGAACGCAAGCACUGGAGCACGGACCACGGUCGCCUCUCGUCCGUGAAAUUUGACGCCAUCACGCCAUCUGUGCCCAAAGGAUACACUGCUGGGUCCUGGCACUACGUCAAAGCCCUCGGCGACGACCAAGGCUGGGUGUACGCGUCGUCGUUCAAUGGGCCUUGGUACAAGAAGCAAAGCCUCCGCACGAGCGUGCGACGACGGCGGUGGUUGAACUCGUUUGUGAAGGAGCCCACGUUGGACGACAACGAGUUUUAACGAGCACAUUGCAAUCUACUUUUUAUUCGAAUUUGUCAAUCCAAGGCUUGCGCAGGCACUUGGACGCAUCGAUACGAUGUUGUCAUGGGC